AACGUGAUAUCGUGCUAUGGCUGUGGACUGUUUGAUAACCACUUCCGUUUUUCCCUCACUAGUCCACAUUUGCGUUUACCUUGAACGAUAGAAAGACAUUGUAGAAAGGUUGUUGUUGGUUUAAACUAAACGUUGAGGAGGUCGACUGUUUGAGGAAUUUUAUGGAGCAUAAUAAUGGAGAUACUUCUAGCUGGGCGAUGCAGCGACGUAUGGAAGGUUUGGUCAACAAACACAUGGCAGACAUAGCUCUAGAAACACUCCAGCAGAGACUUUCAGCUGUGUCCGACGAAAUGAACAAUCUUGCGGAACAUGUCUCGAGACGCUCGGAGGAUAUUCCCAAAGAUGAUAUUUCAAGACGACCUGAUGUCAACUUUGACGUUGAGUCCCUGAGUGCGACGUUUAGCACGGGUGGUGUUGGGGAAAAGUUGUUGAUGCCAGGUACCUCGUCAUCAGCAGAGACGGCUGCCCAGCGUAAGAUAAUCUCCUUGCUGGUGGAGAUCAAGGAGGAGCAGCAGAGACAGUGGGCAGUGUUGAGGGAACUGCAGGCCAGGGUUCAGGGCCAGAGCUUUACAGAGGCAGAAGAGGAGGUGGAGGCUCUAGACAUCGACAUCCCGCUGAGGACCAUGGAGCAGCUAGAUGACACAGAGAGGCACCUGGAGGAUGCCGGAGCACAGAAGAGAAUGGUGUCUCACCUCUCACGGAUGGGCGGGGCCACAGUGGAUGAUGCAGUGCGAAGGCUCAUGCAGGCUGUGCUAUCUUUCGCUGUGGGCUCUGAGCUCAACUGGGUGGGCCGCGGCCAGAAAAGGAGCUUCAGAAACACCCGCCUCCAAGGGGUUCUCUUCCGUGCUCUGAAAAGAACCCCUGUGGGCAAAGAGGCCACACAUCAUCAGUUUGCAGACGUGGUGAAGAAAUGGCUGCGGUACACCCCAUUCAGACAGGGAGGGAGUGGUCGACGGCUUUACAAACCACCUGUCGAGUUCCUGUGUCCAAAUGAAUGUUUCUCAAGAUUCUGCCCACACUGCACAGUCUCCAAUAGACACACCCCAUGAAGCUCUUCACCAUCACAGAUCUGUCCGGUAUGGUGUGCUAUCCCUGUUAAUACCUGUGUAAUUAAUUCAAACCAAAUAUGCUGCAAAACCUGUUGAUAAAAGUUGUAUUGCAUUUAAUGCUUUGAAGGUACUGAUUAGUAAGCUUUCCUGCAGAUUUCGUCUAAUUCUUGUAAAUGAGAGUAUUGGCAAAUAUAUAGUUAACCCAAUUGGCCUGCAUGGCUCAUAAUAUGCCAUGAACAUUACAGUUUGAAGUAGGCAUGUGUUUUCAUCCUCAUGAAAACCCAGGCUUCCCGGUUAUUCAAAUCACCACCUUUCUGCACAUUGUCACUCAGUGUUAUGAUUGAAUAUCAGAGACGCGAAAGCAAUUUACUAUAUGUUAGUCAUAUAAAUGUCCAUAUAAGCUUUCUUGUAACAGACAUAAUACAUUGUAAAUGUCCAUAAAUACAUUUUUGAAAAUACAUAUUUCUCAUUCA